UUCAAACUCUCUUCUCUACCCUCUUCUCUCUAUUCUCUUUACAGAUUCAACAAUUUCCCCCAAAUUGAAAACAGCGGUGGUCUUCUUCUUUCUCAAAUCCGCGCCGCCCUCCACGGUUCUGUCACCGGCGCCGGCGACUCACGCCAGAUCCCUCCGUCGAGCUCUUUCUGCGACAGGGCCGUUGCCUGCUGUUCCAGCGGCGUCGCUGACUCCCUCUCCUCUGCCCUUCCCCGCCGCCCCUACGCCCUCCUCCGCCGCCAGCAAAGCAAUGGCCCUGAUUUUACCUCGGGCCAUCCGAGCUUCCCUCCUCCGCCUCUCUGUCCGACAUCUCACCUCCACCACCCUCGACGACCCUCCGCCGCUGCCGACUCCAUCCGACACCUCCCCUCAAACCCUACCACCAAAAUCCCCAAAUCCGCCAAUGGAACACCGAUUCGAGUCAUGGCUUCACAAUCUCAAACCCGGAUUCACCCAUUCCGAGGUCCACGACGCCCUCCGGGCCCAGCCCGACCCGGACAUCGCGCUCGACAUUUUCCGGUGGACGGCGCAGCAGCGCCACUACAGGCACAACCACGACACCUACCUCGCAAUGAUGGAAAUCGCCGUCUCAGGUAAGCGGUAUCGCGCCGCCGAGACUCUCAUCGAUGAAGUCCUCGCCGGAGCUUGCUCCGCUAGCCUCCCGCUGUUCAACACUAUGAUCCAAUUCUGUUGUGACCGUAAAUUCCUGUUUAAUCGCGCUUUCGAUGUGUAUAAGAAAAUGCAGAAAUCUGAGGAUGCUAGGCCGAAUUUGGAGACAUAUGCUAUGCUUUUUGGUUCACUUUUAAGGAAGUUUGAUAAAUUGAAUGGGUGUUAUGUUUAUUUGCACGCUGUGAGAUCUUUAAUGAAGCAAAUGAAGUCUUCGGGGGUAAUCCCUGACGCCUUCGUGUUGAACAUGAUCAUCAAAGCCUACUCAAAAUGCCUGCAGGUUGAUGAGGCAAUUACAGUUUUUCGUGAAAUGGGGCUGUAUGGUUGUGAGCCUAAUUCGUAUACGUAUAGUUAUUUGGUUAAGGGAUUGUGUGAAAAGGGUAGAGUGAGUCAGGGGUGGGGUCUCUAUCAGGAGAUGAGAUCAAAAGGGCUGGUGCCAAAAGUGACCACCUAUUUGGUUUUGAUUUGUAGUCUGGCGAUGGAGAGGAAGUUUCAGGAGGCGAUCGAGGCUGCAUUUAACAUGAUAGGGAAUUCUUUGUCGCCUGAUCUUCUGACAUACAAGACACUGCUUGAAGAAAUGUGUAGGGAUGGGAAGGGCAACGUGGCGUUUAAGCUUCUUGAGAGUUUCCGAAAGAGGGACAGUAACAUGAACGAGAAGACAUACAAGUCUUUGCUGGAUGGGCUGCACUUUGCAAGUCAGGAUUUCUAGCUGCUUUGACAUCUUGUAUGGUCUUCCAAGCAUCCUGUUGAUUAUAAAAGCUCAAGUUAAAUACUUGUAUUUAGGGAAUGAUUCCCUUCUUCAUUUUUCAGAUAGUUUACCUUCCCUCAUUUUAUAUGAAGAUAUGUUUUGGCCUAGCAGAGAUGAAAUUCGAUCGAGCUGGAAAUUACAUGAUGAAGUGUCUUAAAUUCUUCAUGACCGCAUUAUUUGUCACAAUUUCUUGCUCUGUUUUGGAGAUAAUGGACUGUUACACAUCUUAUCUAUAGAUCUAUACUUCCAACAGUA